GGUUUGCUGGCGCCCGGGGGUGUCCCGUGUGACUAUAUUAAACGUUACUGGGGGCGCUGGCGCUCCCCGAGAGGCCGGGAGAGCGGCGGCCGGCUCCGGGCUCAUGGGCUGCGCCUCUCUGUCAGGUCCCGGGGCGGCGGGUGCCAGCAGCCGUGGCCUCUGCGCCGGCGAAGUGCCGAGCCUUUCCUACCGAGAGCUCAAAGACUUGAAGAAGACCAACGUCCUCCACAUAGACGUGCGGGAGAGGUGGGAGAUCGGCAGAUUUGGAAAAAUCCCGGCGUCUGUCAACAUACCUCUGGGUGAAUUAGUGGAAGCUCUACAGAUGGACCCAGCGGAGUUCAAGGAGCAGUACAACCAAAAGAUGCCAUCCAAGUCAGACCCUGUGGUUUUUUCCUGUUUGGCUGGAAAAAGAAGUAAACAAGCACUUGCUUUUGCCACAUCCUUGGGUUUCAGCAGAGUUCAUCAAUAUGCUGGUGGCUUUGAGGAUUGGGUAAAACAUGAACCUCCAGAGGAAAAAUGAAGAUGACUACCCCAGCCCUUGCCCCAUCAAGGGUUUGGGAUGUUUUGUAGGUUUAAGCAUUCAGACUAUGUGCAUUUCACUUCCAGAAUACAGCCCACUCCUGUUUUCUUGUGUAAACCGACAUUCACCUUCAAAUAGCCACCCUUAUCAACUGCUUGGUUUAUAUUGUAUCUAAAGAUUACGACAUGAACAGAGCACGUUAAAAUUGUUCAACCUUUACUUUGGGCUGUGUUGUUUGGUGAAAAUAUGUGAAGAGAACCUAAGUGCUUAUUAUGUUUACAAAGAUUUUUGUAUGAGGUAGUUUAUGAUGAAACUAAUGAUGAUAGGACAAAUAUAAUUAUUGUUUCCCAAA